GGCUCCGUUCAACCAACAAAAUACGAACAUUUUAGACCAUUGGCAUGGUUUUCCUCACACGGCAAACCAGUUUGGGUACCUCAAUUUUCCAUGGAUGAAAACCAGAUGGGUCUUCCAAAAACUGAGCCCCCACCUUCCCAAUUGGGCUUCCUCUCUCAUCUUCCCCUUCAAACCCUCAACUUCCCGACACCCUUCUUCAGAAACUACAAGAUUUGUCCUCAACCAUGUAGACAUAACCCUCCUCCUCUCCAUUUGUGGAAGAGAAGGCUAUCUCCAUCUGGGUACUUCCCUCCAUGCCUCAAUCCUUAAAAACCCUGAGUUUUUGGGUCUCAGUAAUCCUUUUACGUACCGAAAUGCACAGGUUGUUUGGAAUUCUCUUUUGAGCAUGUACUGCAAAUGUGCUGAAUUAUGGGCUGCAGCCAAAGUGUUUGAUCAAAUGCCCAUGAAAGACACUAUAUCGGGGAAUUCGAUGAUUUCUGGGUUGUUGAGAAAUGGGGAGUUAGAAAUGGGGUUUAAGUAUUUCAAAAGAAUGUGCGAUUCUUAUACAUAUCCCAUUGAUCAUGCAAGCUUAACUACGGUUUUAUCAGCUUGUGAUGGACCGGAUUUACACUAUGUUAAUAAGAUGAUUCAUGGAUUAGUGUUUUUAAAUGGCUAUGAGGGGCAUAUUUCAGUGGGGAAUGCUUUGGUAACAUCAUAUUUUAAAUGUGAGUGUUUUGACUUGGGAAGGCAGGUUUUUGAUGAGAUGAUUGAGAAGAAUGUUAUUACUUGGACAGCUGUAAUAACAAGUCUUACACAAAAUGAAUUUUAUGAGAAAAGUUUGGAGUUGUUUGUGAAAAUGCGGCGUGGAUUAGUGGAACCCAAUUUUUUGACGUAUUUAAGUGCAUUGUUAGCGUGUUCUGGUAUGCAGGCCCUCAGGGAAGGAUGUCAAAUUCACGGGCUGUGUUCGAAGUUGGGAAUUCAAUCAGAUUUGUGUGUUGAAAGUGCAUUGAUGGAUAUGUACUCAAAAUGCGGUAGUGUAGAAGAUGCAUGGCAAAUUUUUGAGUCUGCUGAGGUUCUUGAUGAGGUUUCAUUGACUGUGAUUCUGGUGGGAUUUACACAAAAUGGGUUUAAGGAGGAGGCUAUUCAGAUUUUUGUGAAGAUGGUAAAGGAGGGAAUGGAGAUUGAUGCAAACAUGGUUUCAGCUAUUCUUGGGGUGUUUGGCAUUGACACUUCGUUGGCUCUUGGUAAGCAAAUUCACACAUUAGUCAUCAAAAGGGGCUUCAUUUCUAAUCCCUUUGUCAGCAAUGGGCUAAUCAACAUGUACUCCAAGUGUGGUGAUUUGCAGGAGUCUCUUAGAGUUUUUGAUCGGAUGCAUCCGAGGAACCUCAUCUCAUGGAAUUCCAUGAUUGCAGCUUUUGCUCGUCAUGGGAAUGGCAUCAAAGCACUUCAACUAUAUGAAGAAAUGAGAUUUGAAGGAGUAGAGCCAACCGAUGUUACAUUUCUAUCUUUGCUUCAUGCAUGUAGUCACAUUGGUUUAGUAGAUAAGGGCAUGGAGUUCUUAGAAUCCAUGGAUAGAGUCUAUGGGAUCAGUCCAAGAAUGGAACAUUAUGCUUGUGUUGUUGACAUGUUGGGCCGAGCAGGGCUUUUAAAUGAAGCUAAGGUAUUUAUUGAGGGACUUCCUGUAAAGCCAGGUAUACUGGUUUGGCAAGCAUUAAUUGGUGCUUGUAGCUUUCGUGGUGAUUCUGAAAUGGGAAAGUAUGCAGCUGAUCAGUUGUUUUUGUCUGCACCUGAUAGUCCAGCACCUUAUAUUUUGAUGGCCAAUAUUUAUUCUUCUGAAGGGAGAUGGAAAGACAGAGCGAGAACUAUUAGGAGAAUGAAGGAGAUGGGAGUGGUGAAAGAAACGGCGGUAAGUUGGAUAGAGAUUGAGAAGGAGGUCCACAGCUUUGUUGUUGCUGAUCAAAUCCAUCCACAAGGUGAAAGAAUUUAUGGUGUCUUGUUAGAGCUGUUUAGACACAUGCAAGAUGAAGGAUAUGUGCCAGAUAAAAGGUUUAUUCUAUUCUGUUUGGAUGAAAAGGAUGGAGUCAGUAUGUGCUAUUAAUUCGUAUGUGGAUUCUGAUGAUUAGUACUGAAAAGUGGACAAACAGAUGGCGACAAAAAUGUUAAUUCCGUGGUCGUCGCCAUUCUGUGCUUACCAAAGGUCUCUUGUCUUCACUGGAAUUUGUGAUAUAAAGUGAGCUGUUAACUGGUGCAUGUUGGCUUAGUGUAUUUGGACACUUGGAUUCUUUUCAAAAUUAGAAAUAGGUAAGUAAUGAGAUCUUGGUUUUGGUCAUCUAUUUGCUGAAUGAGUGAUUAAUAUCAGAGAAGGCUUCAAUUUGAAAUUAAGAAAAAUAAGGAACAGUACAUGGAAGCAGCCAUGGGUAAAUGUGGUGUAAAAGAGCAAACUAGUCACACUUUCUUCAUAAACUUAUGAACAACUAUUGAAGGUUAAUAGGGGCCUUUCAGCUCAACCUAUCACUACAAAUGCACAUCCAAGGCCCUGUUUGUGAGUUGCUAACGUAAAAUCGUGGACCAAACCAGCUAGGAGUUAGCUGGAAUUUGUUGCAAAAUUCCCGACUUUUCUUUUUGCCUCCAGAAAGUAAUGAUGUAAGCAAGUUUUAUGAAAGGAAAAGGAGAGAAAAGGAAAUUCAAGUUCUGCCUAUCCAUAGGUCCGCUUGGUCAGUCUUGGAUCAAGUCCAAAUGAAGAGACAAAACAAACCACAUAUGUCCACGUAGUCAGAUGCGAUGGAGAGAACUCUUCGAGGCCGGGCCGCAAAUGGCAUAUGCAGGAAUGACUGGAGACCAAAGAAAGGUGCAUAUGGUUUGAGAAAGAGCUAACGAUCUUUGAGGGAGGGUUCAAACUUUAAAGUGGGUGGCCUCUGUGUGUAUCAAGUCUAUUUUCUGUGUAAUAACAGCUCUCUGUUGUCUCGUUAUUGAGAAAUCUGCAAGGUACUCUAUACUAGGAGUGAAAUGGGUGUUGAGAAGUUACUUCAUUAGUUCAUUGUACAAACAUAACAGGAAAAAGAAAACAGCGAG